AUGCUCGUGCCGUGCGCGCGCGGACGGUUCACCUGUGGCGUUACCCGCGGAGAGACGCACCUCAGCCCUGACCUGAUGAUGAUGCCUAAAUUGCGACAAAGGAGGAAAAUGGAUUCAGCAUUUUUUGUGUUUUACUUUGGUGCCAUUUUUCUGACUUUUCACAUCGUGCACUGCCAGGCGGUUUGCAACAGACAAGCUUCCAUUGAUUGGCACCCUAACAAACGCGCGGUCCAAAUAAACUGGACUCUUGUAGGAAACAUCUGCCAGAGUGCAUCUGAGUGCUGGGGUUCUCGGGGGGGGCACCCAUUGAGUGAGCAGCUUUUAAACUUCCCACAGAUAUGCCCGCUUCAGCUGCAACAUGGAGACAAGCUUGUGAUGUCAGCUGAUGAAACACUCAAAUCAUACGGCAUCAGACUUCUUAACGUGUCAAAAGACAACUUCGAAAGUUGCUCCACAAACGGACAGUCGGAAGAUCAGUUUCUAUUCCCUCGUAAUAUAAAUGAAAAUGAGCCUGUCGAGGCCAAGUGGAUCGUCCCGGGUCAUCAUUAUUUCAUUGCCCUACAUGAUGGUGACAUGCAGCUGUGCAGGCUGGGCCUAAGGCUCAACGUGUCGGUCAAACCCCAACUGUGCCAGGCCUCUCCUCUGCUCCGACUCUGUUCAGGGAAUGGAGUUUGCCAGACAAGUCUCUGGGAAAGUGCUUACCACUGCGGAUGCUCUCACCGUUACUCCGGGAGGUUUUGUGAAAGGUUUGAUGUGUGUUUGGAAAACCCCUGUGAAAACAAGGGAGUCUGCUUGAGUGACGGAUCCACAGAUCCAAACAGCAGAGCAUAUAGAUGUCUCUGCCCUCCACAUUUUACAGGGGUUAACUGCUCUGAAGUUGUCGGGAAAGCAAACUGUGACAGAAUUUGUGGAAAUGGGACAUGCGUUCAAAUGUCAUCUGCCUCCUUCAAAUGCAUCUGCGACCCUGGAUUCUCAGGCCCUCCCUGUGAGAAGAGGAAAGCCCCCUGUGACCCAAAUCCAUGCCGAAAUGGUGGCGUGUGUGCAGAGAACCCCGAAGGAUUUGUUUGUCAUUGUCCACAAGGAUUCGAGGGCCUCUACUGCGGCUCUCCUGUUAACUUUGACUGCAUGUCAUACUCAUGUCAAGAGGAACAAAUUUGCACUGCAGGGGAGCAUGCCUCUGAAUGUGUUUGUGCAGAUGGUUCCGUGGUCCCAGAAUGCAGAAGGCAGCACAGCAUGUGCAACCCAUCACCCUGUCUGAACAAUGCCACCUGUGUGUCCAAAGGAAAAGAUUACUUCUGCCGAUGUCUGAGUGGCUUUUCUGGGAAGAACUGUGAAGAAAUAAUUGACUACUGCAGGCUGCUCAAUAUCAACUGCCUAAAUGAGGGAUUGUGCUUGAGUGUAAUUGGCGGAUAUCAGUGCAUUUGUGCUCCAGGGUGGAUUGGAGAGUUUUGCCAAUAUGUGGGUGAUGCCUGCAUGAUGCAACCAGGCCGCUGUUUGAAUGGCGCCACAUGCAUCACGACAAGUCAACCAUCAUCUCCCCCUCAGCACAUCUGUAAAUGUCCUCUUGGUUUCACAGGAGCAACGUGUGAGACUGAGAUCAACGAGUGUAACUCCAGCCCCUGUCAGCACAAUGGCACAUGCUCUGACUUGCUUGGAGACUAUAAGUGCCAGUGCCCUGCAGGUUUUCAGGGGAAGAACUGUGAACUUGACAUAGAUGCCUGUGCCCUGCCUGACAGCAUAUGUCCACCGUCUACUCAGUGUUUGGAUCUCCCGGAGGAGCUGGAAUAUGCCUGUCGUGUACCCUGUCCUCAAAGCCUUCAAUCGCUUUGUGCCAAUGGGGGGAGUUGUGUGCUGCAUGAUUCCAGUAGCUACAUCUGCAUCUGUACCCGCGGCUGGUCUGGUCAGAACUGUCUUACAAAUAUCAACAAUUGUAUGCGACACUGGUGUCAAAAUGGAGCCACUUGUGUGGAUAAGAUUGAUGGCUACAGCUGCCUUUGUCCCAGCGGAUACACGGGGGUCUACUGCGAGGAGGACAUUGAUUACUGUGUCGGCCAUGGCUGCUCUGAACAUGGCAUUUGCCUGGACCAGCAGCAUAACUUCACCUGCCGCUGCAUGCUUGGAUUUGAGGGACCACUUUGUGAAGUGGAAGCAAAUGAGUGCACCAGCUUCCCCUGCUCGAGUGGUGCCACCUGUGUGGACCUAAUCAGUGAUUAUCGGUGCCACUGUCCCCCGGGGUUUGAGGGAAAGACCUGCUCUCAGAAUGUAAAUGACUGUUGGUCGCAGCCAUGUCUAAAUGGAGGCUCGUGUAUAGAUCUGAUAAAUGACUACAUUUGUCACUGUCCUCUCGGGUUUGAGGGGUUACUUUGUGAAGUCGAUCUCAAUGAGUGCGAGUCAAAACCAUGCCUGAAUGGUGGCAUUUGUGUGGAUGGCAUUGACCUCUAUCAGUGCUUGUGCUCAGAGGGCUUUCGGGGUUUCAACUGUGAAAUCAACUAUGAUGAAUGUGUUCAUGGACACUGUGCCAAUAAUUCCACAUGUAUUGACCUGGUUGCAGACUAUGAGUGCAUCUGUCCUUUGGGUUUUGCUGGGAAAAACUGCUCCAUCCCUGAUUCUCUUUGUACAUCAGAGGUAAAGUUUUGCAAGAAUGGCGGAACCUGUUCCCAGAAAUUAUCAGGAGAAAUCGAGUGUUUGUGCCCCACAGGAUACUAUGGCAAAGACUGCUCCUCAUCUGUGAGUCGGUGUCUGUCAAGUCCAUGCAACCCUGAAGGGACUACCCACUGUGAAGAGCUGGAAAGUACUUAUACAUGUGUGUGUAGUCACGGGCACACCGGUAUACACUGUGAAACAGCCAUAAGCCACUGUGUGGACGGCCUUUGCCAACACGGCUCAUCAUGUGUGGAUCUAUCGAGAGGAUUCAGAUGUGAUUGUUUACCAGGUUUAACAGGCCAGUUUUGUGAGAUAAACAUUCACAAUUGUGAGAAGGAGCCAUGUGGCGUCCUAAGCAUUUGUAAAGAUUCUCUGAAUGGCUACGACUGCUUUUGUGCGCCAGGAUUCAUAGGAAAUAGGUGCGAGAUUGAAGUGAAUGAAUGUCUCAGCCACCCUUGUCAAAAUGGAGGCUCCUGCAUAGAUGAGCUCAACUCAUUCAUCUGUCAGUGUCCUCUGGGGAUCACAGGCACCUUCUGUGAAGUCAAUUCGGAUGAAUGUGUCUCUUCUCCCUGCCAACACAAUGCCACAUGUGUUGAUCUCAUUCAUGGCUAUGAAUGUGUGUGCAAGCCUGGCUUUACAGGUGGAAAAUGUGAGCUUGACAUUGAUGAGUGCACUUCAUCUCCCUGUAAGAAUGGAGCCGCUUGCAUUGACCUGCCCGGUAAUUACUUCUGCCAGUGUUUGGCUCCAUUUAAAGGUCAUAAUUGUGAAUUCUUACCCUGCGAGGCCAGUAAUCCCUGCGAGAAUGGUGCGGUGUGUGUGGAAGAGUUGGAUCAGGACCAUUUCCCCUUGGGUUUCCGCUGUCACUGUCGCCGUGGCUUCACAGGCCCCCGCUGUGAAAUCAAUGUGGAUGAGUGCAGCUCCAGCCCCUGUUUUCAUGGCUUCUGCUAUGAUGUUGUAGAUGGCUUUUACUGCCUUUGUAAUCCUGGUUAUGUUGGGCCGAGAUGUGAGCAAGACAUUGAUGACUGCGUCAACAGUUUGUGCAGCUCCCACUCAGUUUGCAAAGAUCUCCAUCAGAGUUAUGAGUGUGUGUGUCAUUCGGGCUGGGAGGGGGACUACUGCCAACAAGAAAUUGAUGAAUGUUUAUCACAGCCCUGCAAAAACAACGCCACCUGCACAGACCUUCUCAACAGCUACAAGUGCUUCUGCUCAGCGGGGUGGACAGGUGUGGACUGUUCAGAGGACGUGGAUGAGUGUGAUUCUGGGCCUUGUCUAAAUGGAGCUCAGUGUCAGGAGUCAGAUAUACCUGGGGAGUUCUCCUGCACCUGUCCCUCCUUCUUCACUGGCCCCUUGUGCGACCAGCCUUAUGACCCAUGUGACCCCUUCCACAAUCCCUGCCUACACAACUCCACCUGCCUGACACGCUCCAAUGGAACAGCCUCCUGCAGAUGCCCAGCUGUUGCAAAAGAAACAGAGGGGAAACAGGCUGCAACAGGCUCUCUCCUCUGUUAUACGUGCCGCACCACCAUGCACAAUAUUCCUGGACAUGCAGUGGCGUAUUAA